AUGAGGCUACAGAUCCUACAGCUGCUCCUCUCUCUGGUCACCAUCUUCUUCUUGGGGGGUCUGCUGGUCACUCUCACCUGGUUCAAGUUCAACAAGGAUGUGGAAUCUUACCAACAACCUCUUCACAAGAAAAGUGUCCCAGUGUUUUCAGAGUGUAAAAACUGCAGUAAAAUCAUCACCAACAUAGCAAAACGUUAUGCUCAACCCUGGAAGAAGAAGAAAGGGAAUUACCAGAAGUUCAGCUCCCUGCUGAACAGCAAGUGCCACGGGGCUGAAAAUGCCAUUGUUACCCAGAAAAACACUCCACUGGGAUCAAAGAUUGUUUACAGUGCGGAACCAAAAAAGAAAACCAUUGAAGUGACGACAGAUCUGUUCAGUACCUUUCCAAAGAAGCAUCCUUUCUCCAAUAAGAAAUGGGACACUUGCUCCAUGGUGGGGAACGGUGGGAUCCUGAUCAACAGCAAAUGUGGAAAACAAAUCGAUUCGGCUCAGUUUGUAAUCAGGUGCAACAUCCCACCUUUGGAAGGUGAAUUGCAGAGAGACGUCGGCAAGAAGACCAAUUUUGUGACAGCAAACCCGAGCAUCUUCAUCGAGAAGUUUUCCUCUCUGAAAAACCACACCCGUCCAUUUGUGGAGAGUCUGCGCCACUUCGGAGAUGCCAUGCUGUUCCUGCCAACCUUCGCCUUAACCUUCAAUACUCCUGUGUGUCAGCGGGCCGUCCAAGCCAUCAAAGACCUUAAUAGUCCCGUUCGACCUGUCUCCUUUAACCCUGAAUACAUAAGGAAUCUGUCGCUCCACUGGCGCUCCCAGGGCCUGAAGGAAGCUCGACUGAGCACUGGCUUUUUAAUGGUUAAUGUGGCAUUAGAACUGUGCAACAGCGUGGAUCUGUAUGGAUUCUGGCCAUUCGGUUUCCACCCUCAUAACUGCUGCCCCCUGACUAACCACUACUACGAUAACAGACUGCCUUCAAAGAAAACUCACUCCAUGCCAGAGGAGUUCAAACACCUGCUGAAGCUGCACAGUCGGGGCAUCCUCAGGAUUCACCUGGGAGAUUGUGGGCAGUGAAGGAUGGGUCUGCAAAAAAAAAAGCCUCCAGCAGCUCAGAUGUUUGCACUAUGAGUUUGUGAGCACUUUUAUAGUAUAUCUAUUUAUUCACUUAAACAUUUUCAGCUGGAUUCUGGAUUUUAAUUUAUUUUUUAUUUGGUGCUUUUUAGAGGAUCUUCGUCAUCUCUUUGCCUUUUUCAAUGAUUGCUGUUCGAUUAAACUGUAUUUUGAUAGA